AUGGCUCUCAAUAUUUGGGUUCUACUAGCUUGUCUAGGAUUGAUCAAUCCGGUUUUCUCACAAAGUGUGGACGGCUCGAAACAUAACGAUCCAACUACCGGACUACCUAGUAGCUAUUUCGCCGCCGCUACUACUGUCCCUGUCGCUGCACUACAAAGUGCGGCUGCGAAGGCCAACAUAGCAGCAAAAGAUGCCACUUAUCCCAUCAAUGCGAACAGUGGCGCUAAGCGCGUCACCAUUCAUAAGGACUGGACAAGCUUCAGUGAAGGUGCGGCUUUUGUGUGGGUCGCCGAUAUGGAUGUGGAUUGCGAUGGUAUCGACUACAAGUGCAAGGGAAACCCAGAUGGGCAGUCCGAGACUAACUUUGGCGCCCUUGCGGCUUACGAAGUUCCAUUUAUCGUGAUUCCUGAUACAUUCGGGACUACUUACAAAAGUGAUCUCUCCGGCAAUAAUGUAGCUGCCGUGAUAUGUGAUAACAAGAUGUUUUAUGGCAUCUAUGGGGAUUCCAAUUCUGAUGACCCGGAAGUCAUCGGGGAAGCGUCAUGGCUAAUGGCGCGAACUUGCUUCCCUGGUGAUAACCUCAAUGGGAACAGUGGUCAUGGGAAUGCUGAUGUUACCUAUAUUAUCUUCACUGGAAAUGAUGCUGUUUUCCCCAGUAGCUCUCUCAAUAAGAACUACAUGACUAACUUUAGCACCUUACGCUGCAUGGGAGACAAUCUCGUGACCGCGCUUGUUAGGAAUUUGGAUCUAGGCUCGGGUGGUUCCAACAGCACCUCUACGACGACCUCAGCGGGACCCGGGCCCACUGGCUCGUGUUCUUGGUCUGGCCACUGCGCGGGCAAUUCUUGCUCUUCCGCUGAUGACUGUUCAGGGGAUCUAGUCUGUACGAACGGGAAAUGUGCAUCGGGGGAA